UUCAUUACAAACUCAAGCAAUCCUCCAAUAACGGAGAAUAGCUGGAGCCGGAUCUGGCGUCUCUCUGAAAAAAGGAAUAACCAUAAAUAGACGAGCAGUAGGCAUUAUCUCUCCCUGAAUAACGAUCGGAAGUUUUUCAGUUCACAGGAAGGGUGUGGGUUUGAACUGGGUUACAUUGCGUGUUGGAACAGAAGAAAGUGGACCCCACAGCCUGGACUCAGUGAGAUCCCCCCCGCAGGAAGUCAGGCAAGAAUGGCGACGCCGAUUGAAGAGAUUAUAAAAUCGGUUGACUCCAACAUACUUGUGGGAAUCGAGAUCACAAACAGCAGCAAACAUUUUGAUCUAACUGCAGCAGCGACAUAUGCUGAAUGUGGCGUUGUACAAAGUCCACCACCACCAACUAUAGCGAAGGAGAAGAAAGGAACGUGUGUGUUCAUCAAGACCCCGUUCUCGCUCUAUGGCAGUGCUGGAGUCCUCAGCUACUCCUUUGGUGACCAUCAGUUCUCCCUUCUGUUUUCCAACCCUCUUGACUGCAUCAAGUACGACAGUGAAUUUGCUCUGCACAUUCCUGACACAAAAACAAUGACUGAUCGAAAUUUGUACAAUAAGAUGUAUACACAACUGCAUGAAUCUAGUUCCUUCACUAAAACUGCAAUUGGAAGAGGGAAUACAGCACUGCAACUCCACAAAGAUGGAAUGGAGAUUUCAGGCACAAUGUCAAAUGUGCGUCACAAAGCUAUAAUUAAAUUGGAGGUUCGAGAUCAUUUCUCUUCUCCAUACAAGCCUAAUGAUUAAAAUUCUCUUUGGUGGGGAAAUAUCUCAAAAUUCCAUCACUUAUUUAAUGGAAUUUCUUAAUUGUCUUAUUUUCUAGUGUAAUGAAAUCCAUACCAAAAUUGACCAGUAAUCACAGGACUAUAAUGCCUUUUUAUAUAGAAUAACGGAGUUAUUUGCUUCAUAUCCUAUUUUUGUAAGGAUUUUGUCCAUUCAUAAUAAGACUAUUAUUUUGUUUCUAACACUGACUUACUUUUUCCUAAAAGUCACUGUUAGAACAUGAUAAACUUUACCUAUCUCCUGAUGUAACGCACAUCAGUCUGACUUGGAAACUAUAUUGUUCCUACACUGUCACUUUAUCAAAAUCCUACAGUACCCUUCCCAACAGCACUGUGUGUGUCCGUCCAGCCCAAAGACUGCAGUGCUUUAAAAAGGCAGUUCACCACAACGACCUUCUCCUUUAGGGCAAUUAGGGAUCGAUUAAAAACUGCAGACCUGACCAGUGACACCCACAUCACAUUAAAAGAAAACGUUCCUCAUUGCCUCAAACGUAUAACCUGCAGUAGAGGUUUUCUUUUCUUCUAUAAUUGAAAGGCUUUUGUAAUCUCAGCCUCGCAUAAUAUAACCAUGCUUAUUGAAAGUAGCCGUGGAUGUAAUUGUGACUUUGGGCAAUAUUGUACUAACAUUUUAAAAGUGAACGACUUGUGCUACCUGCUCUGCAUUAGCAAUUGCACAGUUACUGACACUGAACUGACAUGUUAAUUAGAUCAUAAAGUAGAAGGAGGGCAAGAGCCAAACUUGAGUAAUGUUCCAACCAAAGACAGAAUGUGAUAAAGCUGGCCACUAAGACUGUGAGUAAGACACGUGACAUUGGUCAUUUUCUAACUUUGCAUUUCCUAUAGAGACCUUUGCCAACUUGAACUGUGCAUUUGAAACAUGGAUUCAUGUUGUACACAGUUUCCUGACCAGAAGGACUCCUUAAUUUCCAAUAAACAAUUCAUGCUGGUUAAACCUCCCCUCUGGACUGCACUCAAUAGGUAAGGCAGUGUUGAUCAGGGGUCACAUAUUUAAUAGCAACUUGUGAGACACCAUCUCCAGCAUGGAACCCUGUCAGACAUGAGCAUAAGCUGCAGUAUCGGGACUUCAAUGUUAUUCUGAACUAAAUAUGUAUUUUAUGUAUAUUAUCAAGGUGUGUAACAGCUUAAAAUGGGACAUUCUAGAAGUUGAACACUGACUUUGCGGAAUCUGGUGAACUUUAAUGAUCAUUAGAUUGUGAAUUAGAUAAAUGAAUGAAAAAAUGUGGAAUUGAAAGCUUGAGGACUUCACCUUUUUAAUAAUCUAAUGAAUGGUUUCUUUUUUUUUCAAUGGAAAAACAUCUAAACCCUGCUUGGAUAAAGUACUUUUCCUCUGCCUGUCUGUUCUUUUCAGUCGAGAUGACAAAAUAAAUUAGCUGCAUUUAACUUCACUUACAUCAGUGCCUGAUAGUUAUAUACAUUUACCAUUCAUUCUAUUUUUACUCAUUACACAGUUAAAAUCUUACGUAAUAGAAAAUUUGUUAUGAAUUUUUGCUUAUAUAACUCAAUCUUUGAGUAUCAUCAAAUUAUUGAAUCACUGUAUUUUUGUAAAAAAGGAAAUUUGGAUGUCAGGAACAUGAAGAUCUAUAAUUAACCUAAAGAAGGACUUGAGGAAAGGUAAAUGUACUGGGUUAGACCUAUUAAAUGGAGUCUUGAACAUUUAUACUGGUUUUAAAGAAACAUCUUAACCUUGUAAUUCUAACCUUGUUUUACUUUUGGCUCUGAUGUACUUACAAUAUUUUAGUUUGCAAUUUUUACAAUAAGAACAUUUGUGAUUGGUGUUGCAAUUUUUUAUGAUUAUUAAUGACACAUUAAAUGCUGGUUACUAUUGUGUUCAAA